AUGCUCCCCCUCCUGCUCACCGCCCUCGCCCUCAGCGGCACCUCAUCCGCCGCCUCCUCCACCUCCUUCUCGGGCUCCUCCACCUCCACCGGCCCCACCACGACCUCAACCGAGAUCUCCUUCGCCUUCGUGUACGACAGCCCGGACAUCUACGUGCCGACAUCCGGCGUCAGCGGCAAAGUCUGGAACGUGACAUCGUCGACGACGACGAUGGUCUUCCACUGCCCGUCGGGCUCGGCCAAGAGCUCCAGCAACGACACGGCAGGCGUGCUGUGCGCGGCGGGCGACGACGGCGGGCCCGUCGCGGUCGAGUUCGGCGAUGACUACUGGUCCAUGGGCUUCGUGCAGCCGCUGGGCACCGACGCCUUCGCGCCGCAGACCACCCUCGCCGAGCCCGUCACCGCCGGCUACGAGAUGCACUGCGAUAUCACCGGCUCCAAGACCAGCGCGAGCCCCGUGUGCACGGUCAAUGUUACGAGUGUGCCGGCGGCCGUCAAGACGGCUGAUCUGAUGGCUCUGGACCGCUGCUGGGAGGAGGAUGUGGCCGGCCCGCGUAGCGAGGUUGAUGAGGGGACUUAUAACACUGCCUCGAUUACCUCGUGCAUGUCAUCCGUCUCGGCGGACCCGACUACCGCUUAUACCGUUACACGUAACCCCACCAACGUCAAGUACUGGACUGUGACCGUCACCGAGGUUGCAGCGGGCGUGACGCUUGAGCCGAGCAAUGCUGCUUCUGGUUCGUUGAGCGUGCGUCUGUCGGCUGCUGCGGUCGUUGGAUUUGCCAUCAUUCUUGCCGUCGCUCUGUGA